AUGGCUAAAAGUACAGUAGAGUCAUCAGUGGAUCUCGCAGCAAUUACACUUACAUCGAAGAUCCCCGAAUUUUGGGUCGAUUCGCCCCGCGUUUGGUUUUACCGAAUAGAGGCCAUGCUGGCACCGCAAAAGUUAUCGGACGACUCGCGUUUCGACAUUGUCGUGUCGAAAUUAACCAAGGAGGCCAUCCAGCAAGUCACAGACCUUCUAAUGGAUCCACCCGAAGGUAAAAAGUUUCAAUCGCUAAAGACACGACUUCUCUCUAUUUACGAGGAAUCUAAAAACAGACAACUACAAAAGUUGAUAAGCGAGAUGGACCUGGGAGACCAAAAACCUUCGCAACUUUUGCGUCGCAUGCGAGAGUUGGCGAAAGAAAAGAUUCCCGACGACACCUUAAGAAUGCUGUGGCAAGGUCAUCUACCUUCUCCGUUACGAGCAGUCUUGGCGGCCACGGAAUCUAAAGAUCUAGAUAGCUUGGCCGUCCUUGCAGACAAUGUAUUUGAGACCACGCGCGCAACACACGUAAGCGAAGUGAGCCAACAGCAGCCAAGCACGUCCAAGGAAACAGACCUCAUCAUGGCUGAAAUAGCCAAACUUACGAUGAAGGUGGAGCAACUAGAAAGAUCAAACGCUAGAUCGAGACCGCAGCAACGGAAUUGGAAUCGUUCGAGAUCAGCAUCCAGAACCGGUAGCCGAGCACGAUCUGCGUCACGAAGAACUCCUGAGAGCCCUGACUGGUUGUGUUUUUAUCAUUAUCGGUUCAGAACAAAGGCAAAGAAAUGCAAUGAGCCUUGUUCCUGGAAAGCGUCCCCGGAAAACUAG